AUCAGACGGGAUGAUAGACAGGAUGAUCGUGGCGGUCCUUUUUGGACUGCUGGGACUGGGAUACGCUUUACAAUGCCCCAGACAGAAGACAUCACCGGGACGGGAGGUCGUCUGUUACACUUCCGUUUCCGACGUCGAAAAACUGAGCAACGCGAUCUGCAGGUGCACCACGCUGGUGCAUCAAGGAUACGACGUGCGAAAUCUCUCGGCUUCCGGAUUCGAGAGUUUUCGGAAGUCGUUGAAGGCAAUCAAUCCAGCCCUUCAGUUCAUGAUUUCCGUGGAUGACCCAGCAAAGACGCUGAGGACUUCCGGUACAGUGCGUCAAGAGAUCACUGCUCGUUUGCUAGGCACCGUAAAAGAUAUCGACGGAGUUGAAUUAAAUAUGACAGCGGGAUCGAGGGAGCGGCUGGUGCACUUCGUGAAGGGCUUAAAGGACGAACUGGUGAGGAAAUCGUACGACAAGAGAGUCUUCCUUGUUCUGCCAUCGAAAUCGGAGGAUCUAGCGAAACAGUUCGAUCUGAAGGAACUCUCGAAGUACGUGGAUCUAUUCACGGUCCCGACGCAUCACUUGGUCGAAGAUGACGAGGACUAUCAUACUUUUCAUCCGUCACGACUGAUGGGCAUAUUCGACAUGUUCAACGCGGAUAGCCUGAUCGACUUGAUCAGUGGAUUGGGCGCACCUAAGAGAAAAAUCUUGGUGUCGGUGCCUGCGAGUGCCUACAAGUUUAGUUUGAAGGAUCAAGAUGACAAUACACCAAGAUCGCCAACGGUGGAAUUGCAGCCGGUUAUUAUUGAUCAGAAACAGUUAUGUGAUUUGAUGAACAAUGGCGAAUGGACGGUCGAAAGAGACGAAGACCUCACUGCACCUUAUGCUUUUAAGAAUAAAACGUGGAUCGCGUUUGAAGAUAAAAUUUCAAUUAUGAUUAAGGUAUGCUACGUCCCAGGUUUAUAUUUUCGCAUCGAGAACGACUUCGAAACGAAAUGUGGGAAGCCCAUUACUCAUGAAAUUCAUCAUUCAUUCACUGAUUUCAAGAGGAAAUCCAGGGCAGCAGUCCUGAACGCUUUAGAAGAUGAUUUACAUCAAACUCACUUAAGUUAUCCAACCAAAGUUAAAUCAUCCGAAUUUCGAGUGGUCCGUGUAGUGGACACGGAAGGACACAUUCGAGCAGUCCGAGAAAACACACAAACUGAGUUCACUUGCUCGAGACAGGGCUACUUUGUUCAUCCGAAGAGUUGCAACAGAUUCUAUCGUUGCGUUAAAUUCAACCAAGAGGUGGAAGACUACUCCGUCUUUGAGUUUGAUUGUCCUGCUGGCCUAGCAUUCGAUGAACAUACAGAAGUUUGCGUUUGGCCAGGAUCAUUGUCUCAAGGAUCCGCGUGUCCUGGAAGCAGUGAAAUCGCUCCUGUAACACGAGUAAGGUUCGAAUGUCCUUCAAAAUCUGGAUACUAUGCGGAUCCUCAAAAUCCUCGUUGGUUCUUCGCCUGCAUAGACCUAGGAGGCCCAGAAAUGAUGGCAUACGAAUUCCGUUGUCCAUUCGGACUGAUUUUCGAUGAACACAAAUUAGUCUGCGAAUGGCCCUGGUUGGUACCAGGAUAUUCAGAUAGUGGAUAUACAAGAACUGAAUACGACAACCAAGGUUCUACUCAAGGUACUGGUGGCUAUUUCACUGGAGGUUUGCCCCAUGGAUCAUCUGGAGCUACAGGACACCAAGGUGGAGAUAUUCAGGAUUCUCUGGAGCAGCUGGCGUUGGAUAUGCAGGAUCGAAUGUUGGAGGCCAUGGAAGUUCGUUUGGGCAGGGAUCAACUGGGUACUCUGGAACAACUGGAAAUGGAUACGCUGGUUAUUCUGGUAGCUAUGACGGUAAAACAGGAUCAAGUGGAGGAAGCUAUGGCGGCUCAGCUGGCGCAGGAUAUGCAGGAUCAGGAAACACUGGUUACACUGGUUCCACGAGUGGAGUGUAUACUGGACAUACCGGGUCUGGUUUGGAAUAUACUGGUCAAGUAUCUGCAGGAUCAGGUUAUGCAGGAGGCUCAACACAUUCCGGAACUAAUGGAGUUUACGGUGGAACAACUGAUACUGGCACAGCAACUGGUGCCCAUGGAGGAUCAGGAUAUUCAGGUUCAGAAAGUGAUAUUCAUGGAGGCUCAGAAUAUUCCGGCUCAAAUGUUGGAGCAUAUGGAGGAUCAACAAGUGAUGGUCAUGCUGAUGGAGGUUAUACUGGAUCUGUUGGUGGCGGAUAUGCAGGAUCAACAAGUGGUGGUCAUGAUGGAUCUGUUGGUGGAGGAUAUGGAGGAUCUACAAGUGGAGGAUAUGCAGGAUCAACAAGUGGUGGUCACGAUGGAUCUGUUGGUGGAGGAUAUACUGGAUCUGUUAGUGGAGGAUAUGGAGGAUCUACUAGUACUGGCGGAUAUGCAGGAUCAACAAGUGGUGGGCAUGAUGGAUCUGUUGGUGGAGGAUAUACUGGAUCUGUUGGUGGAGGAUAUGGAGGAUCUACAAGUGGCGGAUAUGGGGGUUCAACGAGUGGUGGUCAUGAUGGAUCUGUUGGUGGAGGAUAUGGAGGAUCUAUUGGUGGAGGAUCUGUUGGUGGAGGAUAUGGAGGAUCGACAAGUGGUGGUCAUGCUGGUUCUGUUGGUGGAGGAUAUGGAGGAUCUACAAGUGGCGGACAUGCAGGAUCAACGAGUGGUGGUCAUGCUGGAUCUGCUAAUGGAGGAUAUACUGGAUCUAUUGGUGGAGGAUAUGGCGGAUAUGCAAGCUCAACAAGUGGUGGUCACGAUGGAUCUGUUGGUGGAGGAUAUGGAGGAUCUACAAGUGGCGGAUAUGCAGGAUCAACAAGUGGUGGUCACGAUGGAUCUGUUGGUGGAGGAUAUGGAGGAUCUACAAGUGGCGGACAUGCAGGAUCAACGAGUGGUGGUCAUGCUGGAUCUGCUAAUGGAGGAUAUACUGGAUCUAUUGGUGGAGGAUAUGGAGUAUCUACAAGUGGCGGACAUGCAGGAUCAACGAGUGGUUGUCAUGCUGGAUCUGCUAAUGGAGGAUAUACUGGAUCUAUUGGUGGAGGAUAUGGCGGAUAUGAAAGCUCAACAAGUGGUGGUCACGAUGGAUCUGUUGGUGGAGGACGUGGAGGAUCUACAAGUGGCGGAUAUGCAGGAUCAACAAGUGGUGGUCACGAUGGAUCUGUUGGUGGAGGAUAUGGAGGAUCUACAAGUGGCGGAUAUGCAGGAUCAACAAGUGGUGGUCACGAUGGAUCUGUUGGUGGAGGAUAUGGAGGAUCUACAAGUGGCGGAUAUGCAGGAUCAAAAAGUGGUGGUCACGAUGGAUCUGUUGGUGGAGGAUAUGGAGGAACUACUAGUAGCGGAUAUGCAGGAUCAACGAGUCAUGCUGGAUCUAUUGGUGGAGGACACACUGGAUCUCUAUGGAGGAUCUACUGUGGGAGGUUAUGAAGGAUCCACUAGUGGAGGAUACGCAGGAUCAGCAGGUGGUGCUCAUGCUGGAACUACUGUUGGAGGAUAUGGAGGUUCCUCUAGUGGAGGAUACGCAGGAUCAACAAGUGUUGCCCAUGGUGGAACUACUGUUGGAGGAUAUGAAGGAUCAGUUGUAGGAGGAUAUGAAGGUCCAACGAGCGGAAAUCACGUUGGUGUACCUGGAACGGGAUAUUCCGCUUCAGUUGUACCAGGGUACUCAACAGGAGGCUAUAGUGGUCCAGGAAUAAAAGGCGGCCAUUUUAGUACAUCCAGUGUUCAGUACUCGGGGUCUCAUGGCUCUACAGUACCAGGAACCCAGUACAUUGGAGCUAAUAUAAAAGGUUCUCAAAUUGGAAACUCCUCACCUGGCCAAACCAUUAUUUAUGGCACACAACCGACACAAACGCCAAUUUACGUAUCUGCUGGCACAGCCGGUACAGGUAUAGGCUCUGUUGGUGGAGUGCAAGGGCAUACGUCUGGAACAAUUUAUGUACAGAAACCUGACAAACCAAGCGUUAACUGUGUCACCAGUUGUGUCAGUACUCCGCAACAGCCUGGUGGUCAGUCCCAGAUACCAGGCGGUUAUGUAACUGGUUACGAAGGUUCUGGCGGUUCAGUAUACCCUGGACAAACAGGAAUAACAACGACUUACUUCGGAAAUGCUGGAACAAAAGGAUAUGGAGGUGCUGUUACCUCUGGAACAACAGUCUAUCAAGGUGGUAGUGGAUACACAACUGGUUACCAUGGACCUGGGAACAGGAACGAUUUAAACAUUACCUUAAGUGGUAGCCAAGGACCUUCUUUUGGAACCAGCUAUCACGGAAUUAGCACACCGUCCGUUGGUUAUGGAAUUACAGGAACCUAUGGCACUGGAACGAUUGUAACCGGAAACAAUAUUCACGGAUCAAUUGCGACCGGAGAUUCCUCUCCCGGAACUCUGAUCACGUACGGAGAAACCCCAGGCACAGUCAUUUCAGGAUCCAGUGACCAAGGUACCAUAGUAACCGGAGGUAACCAUCCAGGAUACGUAAAAACUGGUCAAGGCACACCUGGCUAUGUAAUCAGCGGAGGAGUCAAGACUGUAUACACCGGGUCUGCUAGUCCUGGAACUGCAGUUUAUGGAACUCCUGCACCCGGUGUCGUCUUAACCGGAACACCUGAACACGGAACUAUCCUUAAAGGAGAACCCAGCCCCGGAAUUAUUCUUACAGGACAGACAGCGCCUGGGGUGACACUUGGUGGAUCAGUCGAACAGGGAACAGUUAUCGGCUCUACAGGACAUCAUGUCUUUACUGACUCAGGUUAUAUUCAACAAGGAGAUAUAACUGUAGGCCCUACUUAUGGAACGAAGAUUGAAAAGGUCCCCAUCGAUACCGGUUACAAAAUAAACGAGUACCACGAUAAUGGAGGACGUGGCACUAUCAAAUUCAAUAACGGUGAAGUGACCACCAAAUACACUGAAAAUGACAUUCCAGACUACAGACCAGCUGGUGGUACCAUUCCUCCUGAUACCCUAUUUCCUGGUUACAAUACAGGUGAUUCUGGAUUACCAACGCCACAUGGGUUCACGAAAACAGGACCUACUAAGACAGGGAUCACGACUGCAACCUUAGGUGGCCACGGCAGUUACACGAUCAGCACAGGAAAGACAACCCCAACACCUAAACCUGAUAACAUAGGCGCAAAGGCGUUCGAAGGUAACGUCGUUGGAUACACGAAAUCUUCAACUGACAGCAGCGUCAAGGUAUACCCAGGUUCAACGCCAUCUCAAGACGUGAACUAUGUUGACACCUCUAAAAUUACUUUGGGUCCAUCAAAAUCAACUGGGUAUUCGUACCCCAGACCGAAUGUUCCAUUUAAAACUGGUUCCACACCGUCUACAGUGGUUCCAGUUUCUUCGACAGAAGGCAGUGUCCUUGCAGGAACGACGCCAACGCCAUACUUAAACGUCGAGGUAUAUAACAGCCCAAAAUUCGCCGGUCCAACAGUUUCACCUGCAGUCGUGGAUACUUACACUGGAUCCACUGACGGAUACUAUCAAGGAAAAGUUUCGACUGGGUUCUCGCGUGGACCAGUUCCAACCGCCACGCCUGUGGUUUACACAACUGGGCCUCUGGAGAAUUACAAGACAACAGCUUUCGAGGCUGCUAAAAUUCCAGUUACAAUAUCUACGGUUCACCCAGUGUUCGACAAUGGAUACAAGACUAUCGUGUCCUCCACGCCGAUUCCUGUAACACUGACCCAAGAUAAUUUCAGUGGCAGUCUUCAGACUGGAUCGAUAUCCACUCAGAACCAAUUUGACUUUGGAAGAAGAACUUCGCAACUAGGUGGUCAUGGAGAACAGGGUUACGUAUACAGCACGACACCCCAAUCAACACCAGGUGUAACGUCGACAUACACGAUUUCGAAACCUAGGCCAUUUGGACCAAGCAUUUCUGUGACCGAGCAGCCCCAGAUUAAUUAUGUAUCUUCAACGUCCUCUGGUUCUGAGUACUUCGAUUCCAAGAGCUCCUUUGGACAGAGAGUAACGUCUUCCGGUAUUUCAGAAUCUCUGAAACCUCAGACUCAGUACCUGCCAAGCGACUACAUCUCCCCAGCCGUUGGCGUGACCUACAGAAAACCUUUCCAAGUGCCUGGCAUCACAUACCAGUCAACACCGAUCCCAUCCGUGAUACCAACCGGAGGUUCUCCAACGAACGUAGAAAUCCCCAGGAACGAAGUUGGAAAAUUAAUCACAAACUAUAAUAGAGGCACCACCAAAUACGUUCCAAGCCAAUACGACAUAUACACACCAGGAGUAUAUACUGGAGGAGAUAUCUCCAGGACGCAACAAUCUUCUCUGCCACCAUCGGGACAGAGCUAUGGCUCAACGCCGGCACCAUUCGGAAGGACCCAAUCGUCAUUCUCCAAUGGAUACUCGAAAUCGUCCUCUGGAAUUUCGUACCAAACCACUGCCAAAUCCACUGCCGUAGGAAACGCUAAAGUAAUUGUGAAAUGGAGCGAUCUGCAUCCCCUUCUCCUAGGCAAGCUUGGAGCCGAGUGUACCUGCAAAGGGGAUCCCUUCGCCAAUCUCAGAGGUCCUGGCUCUAAACUGAUCAACUCUUCCAAGGGUAAAGUGGACCUGGCUAACUAUGAUGACUCUGAAAUCUACGUGGAUCUCGAGAAGACUGGUUCCUACGAGUACGACGAUUACGUGACGAACCAAGGACCCAUCAAACUCUGGCCUAAGGAAACACCUGCUCCUCUGCUAGAGUCUGGAAUUUCUCAAAUCCAAGAGAGACCUUCGUCCACUUAUCUGCCAAGUGUCACACCUUCCGUGACUGUAGGACUUCACGGUAGCAUUCCACCAAGUACCCCAGUCAAUCAUGGCUUCAGUGCUAACUACAGAUCCGGAAAGAGCUUGAACAACGAUGGCUCUACCACGAAUUCUGUUGGAAAGGGCGCUUCGUUCGAUCGCUAUGGACCCGGAGGACUUCGUGAUUCGGAAGAGGUACUCGAGGGUGCUACCAAUUGCGCCAGACCAGGUCUCUUCCGACACCCGAACUUCUGCAACAAGUUCUACGCUUGCCACUGGGACGACUGGAAAAAGAAGUUCACGCUUCACGUGUUCAACUGCCCGGUGCAUCUCACGUUCGACAAUGGCGCCGGGGCAUGCAACUGGCCCAGCAUGGGACCAGCCUGCCAGGACGAUAAUCUGUUAGUUUAGAUGAUUAGAUGUCGAUGGACAGCUGAUCGAUCUCGGGUACUGCGGCAUUCUUUUUUAUAUCAGCACUUUCUCUAAACUCUGAAAGGAGGAUUGCAUCUUGUGGGUAUCAAAGAUCUUGGCGUAAACCUGUUAUCGCGAGAAUAA